AGAAACGCUUGCAAUGCAUUGUUGUUAACAUGAACUAUUUCCAAAUAGUGCCGUGGAGAGCUAAGCUACGUGCUUGUCAAGCAGUCAGCUAACGGGGACAUUUUUCACACCGGAUUGCAAGCCGCUAGCCCGGAUUACUAACACCGCCUGUCUUGUACUUUUCUGACGUUUUAAGUACUGCAGUUAGCAACCUCGACGUUUCUAACGUUAUUCAGCGGUGAAUAGCUGAGCUAAUGCUAGUGCGGUAGGCUACCAAGUUAGGCUACAGGCUACGUUUAGUUAGCUCUUUCUAGUAUGCUAGCUAGUUUGCUAAAUUAGCAGUUCACUCUCUCAUGGAGCACUGUUGAGAAAUACGUUUUUGCUGUGUUUGUGCGUUGUUAUGGUCUAUAUUGUGAACUUCUCGCCUGUUAGGGUGGAUAACGGAUGGUCAAAAGUUUUCUCGCUACAAAUGUAAGUGUGCCAACGUGGUCCAUUCAUCUGUUUAUUUCAGUAAUUUAUUUAUUUCCUCGGUAUUAGGUAGCCUACGCCAGUUGACAGUUGAAUUGAAAAGCUAACUAGAUGGACAGACGUGUGUCCUUUUCUAUUCUCAGUGGCUCACAGCCUUGUCAGCAUUAGCUAAUGAGAAAACCAAGGUUAGAAACCGCGUACAUGCUUUGGUUAGGUGUCCUUUUAAAAUUACCGGCUAGAUCCUUUAGCUAGUGUUUUAUCUGUGGAAACCGUUCAUACCCAGUAUGAUUUCUUUAACUCUAAUGUGCUGCCGAUAAAGACAAGUCACUUGGUCAGCGGGUGAGGUUGUGAAGGAAAGAUGAGCGAGCUGAUCACACGGUUAGUCUUGGUUUUGUGUGGAUCUGGAAGAGGAAGAUGACAGUGUAGGAAGAGUGAUGAGCUGAUUGAGAGUCGACCAGAAGAAUCCGCGGAGACUGCUAGAAAAUGCCCAGAAGAAAACAAUCAAAUCCACAGCCUGUUAAAUUGGGUUCUGAAGAUGCUGUUGGUGUUGGGAAUCCAGAGAGCUUGGUUCUGGAGAGUGAUUUCCUCCUUGAACAGGAUUUUGGAGAGAAUGACUACAAGAUCAUAGGAUUUGAGAGAGACUCUGAUUCAGUAACUGCUGACAUGGGAAUUCCAGCAUACGCCUUCAGCGAUGAGGACUGCUCCAGUUACAACCGCCUCAGCAUGGAAAGUGACUUUGAGGACCCCCGAGACACUGAGAGUGAACGGGAGGAUAUGGGCGGAGACUCGGCCUUUGCCCCGUACCUCUCGUGCAGACAGUGUGGCCAGCUCCUUGGUGAUCCCCUUAGUGGGGCCCUGGACGUAGCAGGACUCUACUGCCUUCAGUGUGGUGGUGAAGAGAAGGGAGCAGAAAAGAAACAUGAACAGGGAAAGGAACCCGUGUCUGCCGAGGGCUCCCAGCAGAAAGGACACAGAGUGAAGUCUGGCCCUAACUCCUACAAAACCUACUCUUGCAAGCUGUGCAGCUUUACCUCACGCUACUCCAACCACCUGAAGCGGCACAUGAAAACACACAAUGGCGAGAAGCCAUACCAGUGCCAGCACUGCACCUACGCUUCAGCUCAGCUGGUUAACUUACAGAGACAUGUGCGGACACACACUGGGGAGAAGCCAUACAAAUGUGACUACUGUACAUUCGCCUGCAACUCCCUAGGCAACCUAAAGAGGCAUCGGCGCAUGCACACUCAGGAGAAGCCGAACAAGUGUGGCCAGUGUGAAUACCGUGCAAGUAGCAGCCACUCCCUGAAACGACAUAUGAUGGUACAUGAUACAGAUGCAUCCACAGCCGUGGUGGAAGAGAGUGUUGGGUCUGAUCUGAGUCUGCACAUUAGUGCUGAUUCGGACUUCCUGCAAAGUAUUGGGGGCCUGCAUGCUGAUCGUCACCCCCCGAGUCUACUGGAGGCUGAGGCUCUAGGCCAGGAGUCAGAGCCCAUGGCUGAGCUGCUUUUCCCCUUCACAUGUCGUGUGUGUGGCUUGGCCCUGGAGGAUGAGGAAGCAGAGGCCAUGCACAUCUGCAACAAGUGCACUCUGGACAUGCUAGCUAAGAGCUCUCCAUCUAGCCCAGAGAAAGGAGACAAGCUUUUCUCAUGCACUUCAUGCCCCUUCAUCACACAGUACCCCAACCACCUGGUGCGGCACAUGAAGACUCACAGCGGGGAAAAGCCUUACAAAUGUCCGCAGUGUAACUAUGCCUCAGCCCACUUUGACAACUUAAAACGCCACCACCGCGUGCACACGGGUGAGAAGCCCUACAAGUGCCAUCUGUGCGACUACGCUUGCGGAAACCUGGCUAACCUGAAGCGACACGAACGCAUCCACUCGGGUGCUAAGCCCUUCCAGUGUACUGUGUGCAGCUACAGCUGUAACCAGAGCAUGAACCUGAAGCGCCACAUGUUACGCCACACUGGCGAGAAACCAUUUAAGUGCCAGGAGUGUGCCUACACUACAGGCCACUGGGACAACUAUAAACGGCACCAAAAAAAGCACGGCCACUCCCCUGACGGGUGGAUGAAGAUGCCAUUGCCAGAGAAGGAGGAGGAAGAGGAGGAAGGCGAGAUGUAGCACGUUUUAUGGGGCUCUUCUCUCAUGCUCUUAAUACCUAGCAGAUGUUGCCUUACUGUUUUAAUAUUGCAAAGGUGCAAGGUGCAUAUGGCAAGAGUGUCAUUUUAUGUGUAACCCCUAAUUCAAUUUUUUUUCCUGUUUAAAUGCAGAUGAUAGUAAUGAGAAUAGCCAUUAUUAAAUCAGUUUAUCAGCAUGCUGAAGAAAUUCAACAGAGAUGCAGAAAUAUCACUGCAAGCAUGCAUCAGAAUUGACUUCUGUAUUUAAUCUGUAGUACAAACCAUUCGUAUCUGGUUUGAAACGCAUCCGGCUUUUAAAUUUAGACAGAGAACUGGACAAUUGUGGUUAUACAUCUGUUACUGUAAAGCUGGUCUGAUUAAGCUGACUUAAAGGCUAAAGUUUUAAUAACACCACCAUUCUUAUAAAUUCUAUAUGAUUUACUCAGAGAGAGUGUUGCAAUAAAGCCAAUGAGUCAUCCUUUUCUAAGUUGAUGCUAUUUUUCUUUUCAGUUCUAUAUCGUAGAUUUGAUUACACUGAAAACCUCUGGUUGCUGCUAAAUUCUGUAGGAUAUACAAAUAUGUAGGUGCUUUUCUGGAGUUUACUGUAAAAUGAUUGUCAGCUGCCCCUGCACCAAUGCUGCACUGAUGUGUGUGUGUGUGUGAGUGAGUGUGUGUGAGUUUUUGUAAGUGACUUUCAGUUUUUUCUAAUUAUGUUGUGUGAUGCCUACUGUGAAAUUUCAUAUUUCAUGAAAAAUAAACCCAUGAAAAGGGAUAAAGUUGUAAUUUUAUUGUAAUUCUAUUAUGCUUUGUUUGGGGAAGACCUCAUGAGGAAAAAAAGGAAAGAGACCACGUUUGUUGUUAUUAUUAUUAUUUUAUUGACACAGUCACAGACAGCACAUUGCUCUGAUUGUCUUAAUGGUUGUCACUCUAUGCUUUUUGUACAAUAUAUUUUUUUAAAAUAGUAAAAUAUAUUUUGUACAGAAAAAGCACAACGUUUAUAAAAUGGCCAAGAUCAUUAGUCAUUCAAUGAAAUCAGGGACUAAGUCAACAUAUUUUAUGCAUAAUUAUUGACAUGAUGUGAUGUUUGCUAUAUAUUGUUUAAAAAUGGUUAUUUAUGUAUACUGAUGUAUAUUAUUUUUGUGGUUUCAUUUGCUUUAUUGUUGUGGGGACUUUGUCAAAUGACCUUUGGCUUUAUAAUAAAACAAGAGUUUAGAUUUUUUAAAAUUAUGUCUUGAUAUUUCCUUGCACCGGAAAAUACAGAAGUGAUAUAGGAGUUUCUCUUUAAGCAUUUGAGACCACUUGCCUCUAGAGAUCAGUAUAGAGCUUGUAGAAAUGUAUUAUGAAGAGUUAUUUUUGUUAUCUGAAGUUGUUUUCAUCUUUAGAGAACUGAAACAGGUGUGAGAAGUGCACAUGAACACACUGUCACUGUAGUGUGUGGAUAAGAAACAACGGAUCAGUUUUUAGAUAGAUGUGUUGCUGGCUGAAAUCACGGCGCAGUAGCUGGUUGAAGGGGACCAAACCUCACUAAGACUCCUGACUUGGUUCCAGUUUACCAGCCACUAAGACGUGCUGCCCAGCAAGACGUGUGGAUGUGCUGCAUUUAAUACAUAAUACUUUGAGGCAAUGUGAUAGGAGAACCAAAUUCUUCCUCAAUUUUAUUCUAAUGUCAGUAUCAUACACUCCCACUAAAGAACUGAAUAAAUCUCUAUUUAAAAAAAUCUAUUGUAUUAACCUUAUAAAUGGUUUAUAAAUUUGUUGAAAAUGGUGGGAAAAUGUGAAGAACAUUUUAUCCCAAAUGCUGAGCUCCAUCUGCUGUACAGAAGGUUUGUUGGUCUGCUUUAUAAUUUCUCCGCACUUUCUUCUGUACUUUCUUUUUCACUUGCUACCAAGACAUGACGAGUGUAAAUAGAUGUGCCAUUAUGUCCUUAUAGAAACAGCCCACCCAAAUUAGCUUCCUUGCACCUGUCUCUCUAUUUAUAAGAGUGAACACUUUACUGCACCUGUAUUCUGUCACUCAGCCUGCAUCAUCACUGGCUGAAUAAGAUGCUAGUCUAUUAGCGCAGCAUGCAUGUCAUGGGGGGAACAUAUACACAUAAAACCAUCUCCAUGUGAUGUCCGUGUACUCUUUGACUUUGACAUAUCCUCACCACCAGUAAUAUGCAUGUAGCCUCUCUAAUUUUAUAUAUGAAAAAGAAAGAUGGAUAAAAGAAGAAAAUGGUUACACACUGAAGAUAAUUAUUUACUCACUUUUUAAUGUGUUAAAAUGGCAGGGAUUUGCAGACUUGCAUGCUUGGUACCUUGUUUUGUAAGGAUGAAUAUGAUGAUGUCA